CAGUGUUUCACACUUGCGAGUGUCGCAGCUCUUCACUGUAGUUCAUUCGCACCGGGUCACAGCAAUUCAGAAAGGCAAGCUGCUGCCCGUGCAUUGCUGAGGCACGACUCGCAUUUGGACGGCGCACAUUAUCAUACAAGGACCCCCGCUGGACUUCACCCUUCGUACAUUGCAUUCAACGAGGCGCUGACAUCCCCCGAUGAAAAAAUGAUCACACACGAGGAAUUUGUAGAGGCUACACUCCAAGAUAUCUUUGAUGCAGUCUGCAUGCAAGAUCGUCUAGACGGUGGAAUAUCACUUCUUAUUCGCUGUCCCGGAUCUCAUGCUACAAGCACUCUGUCAGCUGAACACGUCGCUGUGGAUCUCUACGUCACACCUCGAGAGCUUCAUGAGGUCCGCGAACAAAUUGGAGGGGAUGUGUCUGUCCUG